CUGUUCAAGCGGUACCGGUCUUAGUUCUACUCGGUAAACAGUAGUCCCUAGUCCACGGUUCACAGUUGUAGAGCUUUUCCGAAAAUGUUGCGACAGGCUGUAGCGCUCGUUCUUGUUUUUGCGGCCGUAACGCACGGUUUGCAGGUGAUCCAAUGCUCAAACAACCGACCUCUGCCGGAUGAGGUGCUCAUCCCGGGAUGUGCUAGUCUCCCGUGCACGGUACCGAAUCAGUCCGAUUUCAACUUCAGCGUACGCUUCGCCCCUACCUUCCCCACCAACUCGCUAACGGUUGAUGUGCGUGCUUCGCUGUUGGGUUUGUUCCUGCCCUACGAGGUGCCGGAACAUUUGCGCAAUGGAUGCAACAACAUUAACACCUCUUGCCCACUGGCGGCCGGGCAGUCCGUUACGCUGACUGGAAACGCACCAGUCGAGGCUCCACUAACUGGCGUUACGGUGACGAUGGAGUUCGAGAUUAUGGGAGAUAAUGGACAGGUGGCCACUUGCUUUGCUGCUACCGUCACGCUGACAUAGGCGUUACUACUCUUUUGAGUAGCAGCAGAGGAUCCUUAAGGGGGAAAAUAAAGACAAAUAAAAUCCUUCGAACGAUUUGCAUUCAUCGAUA